UAUUAUUUAAGUUAUUCUCUCAGAUUAUACCUCUGCUCAGGUUGAAGGUUAAGCCAAAAUAUUAAAUAACUAGUGUGAGUGUACUUUGGAUUUACAGGGCUUUCAAUCGUGCUUAUGAUGUGUUAAAGUUUAGUAAAGCGCAUCAAUGAGUACAGUCAGCCAUCAUGUGACUGCAGCAGGUGUCUCCAUUUACACCGGAAAAAGCCGACAAGUUACGAACGCUCACGAACUCUGGUUCCUUAGCAACCAGUGUGUUUAACUCAUCGCCGUGGGACUGGAGUGCGUUUCAAGUUUAACACCGCACACUUUACUUACUAAUUUGAAGCCAAAAUGAUUAACAUUGACUUACUGUCAGACCGUGUCGCUAAGGCGAGUCUGCAGAGGCGUCGUAACAAAGAGACUGAAAGACGAGAGAGGAUUUUUAACGACAAAGAGAGGACGAUAGGGGUUGACAAGGAAGCAUUAAACAUGCAAAUGAAAGAAAGGGAGAAAAGAGAAAGGGCUGAAAAAGAUGAACAAAAAACUUAUGAUGCUGAUAUGCUCCAUAACAGCAAAGUAGCUUGCCUCCUCCACAACAGACAAGAGAAGGAGAAGCGUGUAAUGGAAAAGGCCAUUGUAAACUUCCGGCAUCAGUACCAGCAGCCUUGGACUCAGCGGGAGUUUGACCUGAACGAUCCAGACCGCUGUAGGAAAACAGACCCAGGUGACGCACAGAUGAUCCUUCCUGGCCUGGUGGGCGAGGACCCGGGCAGUGAGAGCAGGCGGCAGAGACAGAGGGAGCAGCUCAGAGAGUGGCUCGUCCAGCAGCAGAGCGAGAGAGCAGCAGAAAGACAACAACAAAAGCUGGAGGAGGAGCAAUAUGACCAAAGCAGAGAAGACAUGGACAGCAAAGCUCUGCAGCUUCAGAGUAUUGAGAUGGAGAGGAGAAAAGCAGCAACUAUAGCCACUAAAGAGUACAAUCUGGCCAUGAUUGAAGAGAAGCGUCGUCAGGAAGGAGAACAGAUGACAAGUGCAGAUGUCGAGCCCACCCUGGGCAUGGUGGGAGUGCCCGGUCUUUGUCCCAGCAGUGAUAGGAGAACCCCUCCGGAGAGUCUGCAGCAGGUCGUCCAGUUCCAGAAACAUCAGAUAGAGGAGAGAAAGAGGAUAGAACUAGAGAAAAAGCAAGAAGAGGAGCAAUAUGAUCGCGUCCGCCUGGCCUCAGCUCGCACAGCUCUGCUGAUAGAGCGGCAGCAGGCGAGACUGAACAAGCAGCUGAGACGACACCUGGACAGCACCAACGUCAAGCUGGCCGAGACACACAAACAGCAAAAGCCCGACAUUGAGAGAGGAGGCAUCGACAACAGCUUCUUCUCCAAAUUCAACACCUGCAGCAGAUGAUGGAUGGAUGGACGACUGGCUCAUUACAGUGGAUAAUUAUAGAUAAUGGUGCUACACGAGAAGAACACUGAAUAAACUGAAGCACACAGUAAAUCAACAGCUGUCUUUAAUCAUGUGAAAUUUAAAUUCAGCAGUUCACAACAUUCAAAUUUGCCUGGAUGAUGCUGUUCACAUGACUGAUAGUCUGCUUCUGAGUUAUUUCUUCUUAGGGAGUGUUUUCUCAUAGAUUACAUAAAAUGUGUGUACUUGAGCAAAAGCUCAGAUGUGCCAUUUUCUAUAUACAUGCUGAAAAUCCAAAAAAUGACAUUAAGGUAAAAGUCCUGUUAAAGUAUGUAAAAAAAAUAAAA